AUGACAACCAAUACCCAAUCUCUGCCGUUGGCAGGUAAGAUCGCUAUCGUUACUGGUGCAGCUCGCGGUAUCGGAGCUUCUACUGCGUUGGAGCUUGCAAAACGGGGAGCAAAGGUAGCCAUUACAUUCGUAUCACCUAGUAGCUCCGAAUUGGCAGAUCAAGUGGUAUCCAAGAUCAACAAUCUUGGCAAUGGUGCCUCUGCAAUCAAGAUCCAGGCCGACGCUGCAAACAUCGACUCGCCGAAGCAGAUUGUUGCCGAGACCAUUGCUGCUUUUGGAGACUCGAUCGAUAUCCUAGUCAACAACGCUGGCAAGGAAUUCCAUGCCUUGCUUCCCGAUAUUACGGUAGAAGGCUACCAAAGUCUCUUCGAUACGAAUGUUCGCAGCGUCAUUUUUAUGACUCAAGCUGUCCUCCCGUAUCUCCGGAGUCCCGGCAGGAUCAUCACAGUCGGAUCUACGUUGGGUCGUAUAGGACGACCUACACAUAGCCUCUACUCUGCAACUAAGGCGUCUCUAGAGGCUCUCAGUCGUGGCUGGGCAGCUGAACUAGGCGCUUCAGGUCACACAGUCAACGUAGUGGCUCCAGCUUUGACGGAAACGGACAUGCAGACUCGGUCAUUUGGAGGAGAAGAGAACAAGCAUGUGCUUCAGCAGCAGAGGGACAUGACUCCAAUGGAGCACAGGCUUGGAAAAGCUGAGGAUAUCGCCUUGACUAUUGCUAUGAUAGCGGAUCCAGCUAGCAGAUGGAUUACCGGACAGACUAUCCAGGCGGGCGGGGGAAUCUAUAUGAAUUAG